AUGGCGACCAACAACAUGCAUAAUCUUACCACUCUAAUCAAACGGCUUGAGGCUGCCACCGCUCGCCUCGAGGACAUAGCUUCUUCCACGAUCGAGCUACCGCAAGCUGUGCCCGCCCUCUCCCAGCCAAUGGCUUCCCCCCCCUCCGCAGCAUCUGGCGUCUCGACACCUGCACCACCGCCGCCGGCUCCUGCGCCAGCAGCUCCGGUCCCCCAGCCGUCCGAGCCGCUGCCGGAAUCGAUCGAGGACUUUGAUGCUUUUAUGGAGACUUCCCUGGGGAAAUAUGCAAAGCUCAGCCAGCAAUUGGGCGGAUUGAUCGCCGAGCAGGCUGCGAAGGUUGUACAAGGGUUCAAGGAGCAACGGAAAUUCCUCCUCAUCACGACAAAGGCGAAGAAACCCGAUCUUUCCACCGGCUCCGAGAUGUCUGUUUACCAGGACCUAUUGAAGCCUAUUAACGAGGCGCUUAUGGCUGUCGGCAGCCUCAGGGACUCCAGCCGUUCCUCGCCCGUGUACAGCCAGCUGAGUGCAGUAGCCGACGGAAUCAUGGUUCUAGCUUGGGUGACUGCUGACGGCCGGCCACACAAGCACGUUGAGGAGUCUUUGGGUACUGCUCAGUACUGGGGCAACCGCGUGCUCAAGGAGAACAAGGACAAGGACCCCGCACAGGUGGAAUGGAUUCAGUCCUUCUAUCAAAUGUUCCGUGACUUGACUGAGUACGUUAAGCAAUACUACCCCAGCGGUAUUCCUUGGAACCCCAAGGGACAGCCUGCUGGUGAAGUGGCCAAGUCGAUUGCCGCAAGCGUGAACGGCGCACCAGCUCCUCCACCUCCUGGAGCUGCCGGCAGUGCCCCCCCUCCGCCGCCUCCGCCUGGCCCACCACCGGUCCUUCAGAUUAAGGAGCAGAAGGCCCCCGCAACGAAUGGCAGUAACGGACUCGGAGCCGUUUUCUCGGAGCUGAACAAGGGUGAGGCCGUCACCAAGGGCCUGCGUAAAGUCGACAAGUCUGAGAUGACGCACAAGAACCCGUCGUUACGUGCUAGUUCGACAGUGUCUGGCCACGACGGAUCUGCGCGUGGAAAGAGCCCUGCUCCUGGGAAGAAGCCGAAGCCGGAGGCUAUGCGGGUUAAGAAGCCGCCCAAGAAGGAGCUGGAGGGCAACAAGUGGACGAUUGAGAACUUUGAGAAAGAAUCACAGCCUAUUGAGAUUGAGGCCUCAAUUUCCCACUCAAUUCUCAUUAGCAAGUGCAACAACACAACCAUCAUCAUCAAGGGCAAGGCGAACGCGGUUACUAUUGAGAACACCAAUCGACUAAGCCUCGUCGUCGACUCCCUUGUAUCAUCCGUCGACGCAGUCAAGUCGCAGAACUUUGCGCUGCAGGUAAUGGGCGUCAUCCCGACCGUUAUGAUGGAUCAGAUCGACGGUGCUUCCAUCUACUUCAGCAAGGAGAGCGCGAGCACGAAGAUCAUCCAUAGCAAGUCUGCGGGCAUCAACCUCAACAUCAUCUCCGGGCCUGACGAGGACUACAAGGAGCUGCCGCUGCCUUCCCAGAUGUCGUCCUACUACGACCCCAAGGUUGGCGACCUGGUCAACGAGAUCGUGUCACAUUGCGGUUGA